AUUAUGUUUGGAUAUAAACUCUUUACAAUAGUAAGAGAAAAGAGUGUUGUAAUAGUAGAACAAUUAGGUAAAUAUAAUAGAACAUUAUAACCUGGAUUAAAUUUUCUAAUUCCACUAAUUGAUAGAGCAGCAUAUGUCUAAUCAUUAAAAGAAGAGAUUUUACCCAUUGAAAAACAAUAAGUAAUUACAAAAGAUAAUGUUGCAAUACAUUUAGAUGGAAUUGCAUUCAUUCGUAUUAUUGAUCCAUUCAAAGCAUCUUAUUAAGUAUAUAAUAUAUUGAUAUAAAUAGGUUAGUGAACCAUAAAAUGCAAUUAAAUUGUUAUGUCAAACCAUUUUAAGAUCUGAAAUUGGUAAAUUGAAAUUAGAUCAACUUUUAUAAGAAAGAGCUGCUUUAAAUCGUGCAUUAUAAAGUGGUUUAAGUAAAGCAGCAGCAGAAUGGGGUUAUACAAGUUUAGGAGUAGAAAUAUUAUAAAUCGAUAUACCUGAAGAAAUUAGAGUUUCUAUGUAAGCAUAAGUUGUUGCUGAAAGAAAUAAAAGAAGAGAAAUAUUGGAAAGUGAAGGAAAAUAAAUUAGUGAAAUUAAUAUUGCAACAGGUGCUAAAUCUGCUGCUAUUAAAAUUGCAGAAGGAGAUGCUGAAGCUGUUAGACUUGUUUCUUAAAAUGAAGCUAAAGCAUUAAAUUAAAUUAGUGAAGCUCUAUAAGAAAAAUCAAAAAAAAGAGUUUUAGAUUAUAUUCUCUUAUAACAUUAUUUAAAGGGAUACUCUGGAAUUUUAAAAACAUCUAAAGUUGUUGUUGUACCUAAAUCUUAAGAAGGAUAAGGAAAUGAUUUCAUGAGUCUUGCUGCAAUGAUGAUGUUUAAUAACUAAAACUCUUCAUCAUAAAAAAUUAUUGAACUUCCAUCCAAAUUUAAUGAUGCAACCAAUAACUCUACAUCUUCUUAAUAAGAUAUUAGUAAGUUAACUUAGGAUUAAUUGGAUAAUCUUAUCAAAAAAAAUGUCUAUUAUAAUGACCCAAGGUAAUUUAUUCAAUAUUUCUAGAUUAUACUCAGAUGAUGAAGAAAAAAGAACCAAUUGAG